CUCUGAAACUACUCUCAUAGAUAUUACUACAAUAUUGUUUUUAUGAAGCAAAAGUUCCACUUUUAACCAUGCUUUGCCCAUGGUUGGAUGGGUCCUAACAAAGGAAGUUGUUCAGCCUGCUGUGCCGCUGGGAGCUGUCAAUUGUGUGUGUUAGCUAGUCUACAAGAAACUAGCGUGAAAAAUAAGUAGCUAGUUUGUGCACUUUAAUAUGUGGACCUAGCUAGUUGGUGGUGGUAUUUUUAUGACUUUACUGCAAUAUGAAUUGGGAGACAGUGAGUUAAGAUCAUUUCAUAUAGCUAUACAUUAAUUCUAGUCAAUUUUGUUCGUUAUUGUGACACAGUUAGCUCUAGCUGGCUAGCUUGUUGCCAGACAAGCUAGACUAGCUGUUAGCCAAUUUAGCUAUACUAGCUAUCAAGUUGCAGACCUUAUGCUAUCAGUUUCUUUAUAUUAGCCACAGCUAUAUUCAUUGCGAGGUAUUAUCAUUGCAAGCUACUUCGGUGAACCCACCAAUGAUGAUCUGAAGUCCACUUUACAGUAAAUCUUACUGUAAACUGCAAUUUUACGAGUUAGCUAGAUAGCUCGCUAGCUAUUAAUAUUCCAGCGAGGCUUCCUUCAGUCCUCAAACAUGGAUAAGAAAUCGUUUGAUAUCGUCUUGGACGAAAUCAGAAAGUGUGUCCUGACGGACCAGCGGGUAAAGGCGAUAGAGCAGGUGCACGGCUAUUUCUCCAGCGAACAGGUGAUGGACAUACUGAAAUACUUCUCGUGGGCAGAGCCGCAGAUCAAGGCGGUGAAAGCUUUGCAACAUAAAAUGGUUGCCAUCCCCACAACAAAAGUUGCAAACAUCUUGAACUGUUUCACCUUCUCCAAGGACAGACUGGUGGUUCUGGAGUUGAUAGCACUAAACAUCGCAGAUGCACAGAAUUACCGUCCUGUGGAGGACCUGUUCCGCAUCCACCUGUCUGAGAAGAAACGAGCCCGCCGCAUCCUGGAGCAGGUGUGCAAGGUGGGCUGCAAGGCUCCCGUGGCGAUGAUCUCAUCCUGUGGAAUGGUCCCAGGAAACCCCUACCCUAAAGGAAAGCCCAGCCAAGUGACCGGAACAUUCCCUGGAACUCCCCCUGUGAAGAAGGAAGGAGAGGAGGGCGCUGCAAACACGGAGGGAAAAGGAAUCGCCGCCCGCAUCACCGGACCGUUUAAACCAUCGCCGUCAUCCUACAACCCCCACCGGCCCGUGCCCUACCCCAUCCCACCCUGCCGACCCCACGCCACCAUCGCACCAAGUGCGUACAACAAUGCUGGCCUGGUGUCUGUGGGAGGGGUGAUAACGGCCAGCGUUCCCCCUCCGCCCUACAGCGCCACCCCCAGAGCAGCAGCCUACGCCAAGCCGGCCCCCCACCAGAACGCCACCCCCGGAGUCAACAGCACGCCCCUCCCCUCCCCCCGCGGCGCCACCCCCUCCACCCCAGUGCCAGCCCAGCCCUCGGCCGGCCACCCGCCCCUGGCCACGCCCAUCACACCGGUCUUCCCCGGCAUGGUGCCCUCGCAGACCCACGGAGGCCCCUCCGUCAUCAAAGGGGGGCCCAUGCCCCCCGCCGCCGCCUCCCCCCACGUCCCCCCGAGCCCCGGGCCGGCCGCCGCCUCGUCCGUCAUCAAAGCCCACACCCCGUCCAACACCCCCUGCGGGACGCCCGGACCCAACCCCGGGGGCUUCUCCCCCUUCCACGGAGGGGCCUCCCGGUCGGGCACCCCGACCUCCAGGAACCCCCCGGACCCCCUGGGGCCGCCCCAGUACAAGGGCUUCCCCCAGCCGUCCGACCCCCAGGCAGGGCCACCCUUCCCUGGCAUGGCCUCCCAGCAGGGGAACCCUCCUGGGUCAGUGAUCCGCAGCUACACCCCCUCUGGACGCUCCACUCCCGUCAUGCCCUCCUCCUCUACCCCCGGUCCAAACUCGAAACCUUCCUCAGCUCUGUCCGCCCAGGCCCAGGCCCAGGCCCAAGCCGCAUUGGGUCAGGCAGGGGCCUUCUACAGUGAGCAGCACCGCGCCACCCUCUCCAGGCACGGAGGCGGCAGUGGCAGCAACAGCCCGGUCCCCUCCGCCUUCAUGGGGACGUCCCGCGCCGGCACUCCCUCCCUCAGCUCCCUGGUGAUGCCCGGCUCAGCGCAGGCCGCCCUGGCCCGCUCCCUGGGCCUUGCCCACCCCUCCGGAUCCCCCCAGGCCUCCCUUCCUAGCCCCGCCGCCAUGGCCGGCCUCCGUCUCUCCUCCAGCCCGGCCCCCUCCCACUACCCCGGCCUCUCCCCCUUCUCCUCCCUCCCUUCCGCCACCAUCCCCUCCUCCAUGGCUCCCACCACCAGCCUAGGCGGCCACCCCCAGACCUCCGUCUACCCAGGCCUCGGCCCCGGCAUGGCCCCAGGAGGAGGCUCCCCGUUCGGGUUGGGCCUCACCACCUCCCCCUCCAUGUUUCCCGGCCUGCCUCCCGGCUCCGGCCCGGCCUUCCCCGGAUUCGGGGGCUCCGGUGGGCCCGGGGCGGGGAGCCCCGUGCUGUCCUCCUUCAUGGGGCUCCAGGGAGCUUCGGCGUCAUCCGUGGCGACGGUGGCGCCGCUGCAGGCGGCUGCGGCGGCGGCAGCGGCUGCGGCGGGCGUCCCCUCCUCCUCCCCCGUGCUGCCGGGCUUCGCCUCCGCCUUCAGCUCCAACUUCCAGCCAGGGUUGACCAGCGGGCUGCAGCCCCCAGGAGGAGGGGGCUUCCCAGGGCUGCUGUCCUUCGCAGGGAUGCCCGCCUUCUCUCCCUCUGCCUCCCCCGCCGCCCUCUCUGGCCUCCACAACUCUGCCAUGCAGUCAGCCCUACUGCAGGGUCACCCUGCCUCCGCUCUGGACAGCUACGCUCCUCAACCCAACGGUUUCUCCAACUACCCUCCCGGACCGGGAAACCCCUUCAACCCUCUGCAGCCAGGCCUCCACCACCAGCUGGGCUGGCAGUGAACACACGCACAGGAGGAAAAAAACAUAUAUACCUAGACACUCACACACACUGUACUAAGACUCAUACAGACACAUGCACACUCACGCCCACUUGACUUGACAUAAUCAUACACACACGCGCUCCAUCACACCCCGAUACACAGCCAGAUCGUAGACGCUCAGAGCGGGAGAAUAGCCCCUCGUGUUCACUGCCCUGACCAAGCGAAACCCGACUUGUGGUUGGACAGUAGGGAGGAUGUGAAAGUUCCUGCCGUUGACCUCUUGAAGCCAGGCGGACUGGUCGAGAGGACAGAUGAACAGCGCGGUCAUCGCGCGGUUCCUGCUGACCACACCGAACAAUGUGGGCGUGGAACAAUGAGUAGAUUUGACUUGUUUUUAGUAAGACGUCAGGCAUGAAAUGAGUUCCCGUAGAUGAAGGUCGUGCGAGGACGCUACCGUGCUGAACGCUACCGUUCACAAGUUCACUCAGAAAUUCCUUGUUUUCCCUGAAUACGUACAUGAAAUGAGUUUGAAAAUGAAAUACAGCUAAAUGAACAGGAAAUGUAGUCAUUGACGAGGUUAGAGUCAUGAUAGUAAUAAUUGUGUCCUUCAAACUUUGCUUUUGUCAAAGUUUCCUCCAUUUGCAGCAAUUGUAGCCUUGCAGAGCCCGGUGUCCUGUCCAGCCGUCCUUCUUCAAGAUCCCCUUUACCCUGUAUCCCCCCCCACUGUACCCACCCUGCACUGUACC